UCCUGCAUCGCGCCGGACAGGUGGCCCCUCCGGUAUUCCCGGGCCGAUAAACCCCCGCCUACGCCGCCGCGACCAGCGUCGUCGCCUCGUGCCCUCCGCCUCACCCACCUCGCCUGAAUCGGCGCCACACCGUGUACGUUCGCCGCGUCCGCACCACCACGAGCGCGAGACCGAUGGCCGUCGCCCCGUCGCCGCAAGCCACGGCGGCCGCCGCCGCCCUCUCCAGGCACAGAUCCGCCGCCGUCCCACCAGUGCCGAGGAGCGUGCGGGUGGCCACCGCGGCGAGGAGGCCGGGCUGGACGCGGGCGAGGGCCGGGCUGGUGGCCCGCGCCGUUGUUGCAGCCAAGGGUGAGCUUGCGAGCUCCGAUACGGGCGGUCAUGAGGUUUUGAUGUUUGAGGCCCUUCGUGAAGCCAUGAUAGAGGAGAUGACUUUGGAUCCAACAGUGUGCAUGAUUGGUGAGGAUGUCGGUGACUAUGGAGGUUCAUACAAGGUAUCCAAAGGCUUGUCUGAGAUGUUUGGAGACCUCCGCGUCCUUGAUACCCCUAUUGCUGAGAACUCUUUUACUGGUAUGGGAAUCGGAGCAGCAAUGAAGGGGCUCAGGCCAGUUGUUGAAGGGAUGAACAUGGGUUUCCUUCUCCUUGCCUACAACCAAAUCUCAAACAACUGCGGUAUGCUUCCUUAUACCUCGGGCGGCCAGUUCAAAAUCCCAAUUGUGAUCCGAGGCCCUGGCGGUGUUGGUCGUCAGCUUGGUGCGGAGCACUCGCAGCGCCUUGAGUCCUACUUCCAGUCUAUCCCGGGCAUUCAAAUGGUCGCUUGCUCUACCCCUUACAAUGCGAAGGGCCUUCUGAAGGCUGCCAUAAGGAGCGAUAACCCUGUGGUGCUGUUCGAGCAUGUCCUUCUGUACAACCUGAAGGAGAAGAUCCCCGAUGAGGAAUACAUCUGCUCCCUGGAGGAGGCCGAGAUGGUGCGUCCAGGCUCGCAGCUGACCAUCCUGACAUACUCCCGCAUGAGGUACCACGUGAUGCAGGCCGUCAAGACGUUGGUGAACAAGGGGUACGACCCGGAGGUGAUCGACAUCAGGUCGCUGAAGCCGUUCGACCUGCACACCAUAGGGAACUCCAUCAAGAAGACCCACCGCGUGCUGAUCGUGGAGGAGUGCAUGCGGACAGGCGGCAUCGGCGCCAGCCUGAGGUCGGCCAUCAUCGACAACUUCUGGGACGAGCUGGAUGCUCGCCCCGUGUGCCUGUCGUCGCAGGACGUGCCGACCCCGUACGCCGCGACCCUGGAGGACGCGACCGUUGUGCAGCCCGCGCAGAUCGUGGCCGCGGUGGAGGAGAUCUGCCAAUAGUAACGCUGUCAUGAGUUACAUGUUUCGAGGAUUCAGAAGCAGCGUGCGUGUCCAGUUUGCUUUGUCGUGUAAUUAGUGUGUUUCGCCAUCCCGUGGACGUUGUAUCAUACUUGGAAGACUGAAGUGUAUCCUUAGCUGUUGUUUCUUGGUCCAUCUGCCCAUUCUAUGUAAGCUGUGAUGCUCCUGGGUUUUGAUCAUCCUUCUGCUUGGUCGGUGGAGGAUGUGUGCUGCUGUUAUUCAUUUAUUUACUACGUACCAUCA